AUAAACUUCAGUUGAAAGUUAUAUCUAAUUAUUUCAAAUAUUUGUACUGUGAAUACGCGCAUGUAAAAUACUCAUCUACAUUGCUAUGAUUCUUUUACAAAGAAGUAACUGAAAAACUUUUAAUAAGUUUCGGGGAUGUUUUAAAUGGGACAGCUAUGGUGGAUUACUGGGGAUCUCAUAGCGGUUCAUGAAGUGACAAGUUAUGGCUCAGAUAUGCGAUAUAUCUCAGGCUUCUGCUUGGUUGCCCCUUGUUAGAGCCUCAGCAAUCGGAUGGAUACCAAUUUCGCAGCAUCCUCUACCAAAAAAUAUUUGCACUAAAGAUGAUGUCAGUCGGGAAGUUUUUGAAAAGAAAGCUGUUAUUAAUGUAAGCGGUCAAAGAUUCGAAAUACUUACCAGCUGCUUGAACCGUUAUCCUCACACUUUGCUUGGAUCAGAUGAACGUGAUUACUUUUAUGAUGAAAAAACCGGAGAAUACUAUUUUGACAGAGAUCCGGAAAUUUUCAGGCAUAUUCUUACUUAUUACCGCUGCGGACAUCUGCACUAUCCAAAGAAGGAAUGCGUUAUUCAGUAUGAAGAUGAGCUUGCUUACUUUCGGAUAGCGUCAGAAUCUCUAGGUGAUUGUUGUUAUGAGGAUUAUCAUGAUAGCAAGAGAGAAAAUUCCGAACGAUUGUUAGAGGAGCGAACGUCGACCAAAGAAAAUGCUGAGAAACCGAAAGAUUUUCGCAACAGAUUGUGGCAAGCCUUUGAAAAUCCUGAGUUUUCUACUACUGCCAUAGUAAUUUAUUAUGUGACUGGAUUUUUCAUAGCUGUUUCGGUUUUCGCAAACAUAACAGAAACUAUACCAUGUGGUCUUGAGCCUGGAUUAAGCAAACAGCGGGCUUGUGGAGAUAGAUAUAUCGAUGCUUUUUCAUGCCUUGAUACAGCAUGUGUAAUUAUAUUUACUAUUGAGUACUGUGCAAGAAUGUAUGCUGCACCCAACAGAUGGAAGUUUUUUAUUUCAGUGAUGAGCAUUAUUGAUGUCGUUGCUAUAUUACCAUUUUACAUAGGCUUACUAAUGCCAGAUAACAAAAGUGUUUCUGGUGUAUUCACAACAUUACGAGUAUUUCGUGUAUUCAGAGUGUUCAAAUUUUCACGUCAUAGUGUUGGAUUACGCAUACUUGGUUACACCUUGAAAUCUUGUGCAUCUGAAUUGGGUUUUCUUCUAUUUAGUCUAACUAUGGUCAUAAUUAUUUUUGCUACUGUUAUGUAUUAUGCUGAGAAAUCUGUUGAAGGCACUACUUUUUCUAGUAUCCCAUCAUCAUUUUGGUACACUAUUGUCACCAUGACUACACUUGGAUACGGUGAUAUGGUUCCAGAAACGAUAGUUGGAAAAAUUGUUGGCGGUAUGUGUUCACUUUCUGGAGUACUUGUGAUUGCCUUACCAGUUCCUGUCAUUGUAUCAAACUUCUCUCGUAUUUACAAUCAAAGCCAACGAUCUGAUAAGAGACAAGCACAGAAACGCGCUAGACAAGCCAGGAUAAGAUUAGCUCAACUAAUGGCAACUGUUAACGCCUGUGCAGAAAAAUCUGACGGUCCAGAAACACCAAGUGAUGAAGGAGAGGAUGAUGGUGAUAAAAAGAGGAAAAAAUGUCAUUAUUUUGAUGAAAAGUCAAAUGUACAAUAUUCAUCCACCUCACCAUUGCCUGCAUUUACUACCAAUCUCUCAACAAAUGAAGAUCAAAUUCAUCAGGAAUUGAAAAACUCUACAGAUGGUGAUUUCAAAUUCGAUGAAAAACCUCAAUUGACUCGAAGUCAUUCGGUAAGUAUACCAAGAAAAGAAACUGAAGAUAUUGCUAAAGCGUCGUCUGUUCGUGAAGAUAAUUCAAACGUGCAAUAUUCAAAGAAACUUCCAACAUCUAAUCAUUUAUUGAGUGGAUUACUAAAGCAUACAUCACCUGGUUCAGAUCGUACACUAGUUUCGAAAAGCAAAGCUCAAAGUCUGAGUCAUACAUCAGGCGAAAGUGAUUGUCAGACAUCAGAAAAUAUAAACAGUAAUGUCUCAAAUUCCUCUGUAAAAAGAUCAAGUAAAAAGUGUAACCCAGUAGGUCGUACACGAUCUCUGCAUAAUGGAGAACAUAGUUGGAGUAAAAAGUAUCGACAUUGUAAUAUAACUGAUAAAAAUAAGAAAACACCUUUCCUGCCUAUUUAUAUUCAUCCUGCUAGUCAAAGUAGUCUGGCUAAUUCAAGCUCAGAUAACAAAAAAUCCUCUGAUAAUGAUCAUCACCAGCAUCAACAGCAUCAACAUCAUAAACGCACAGGAAGUAAAGGGAAGAGUAGAAAAGAAAAUGCAUCAUUACAAAAAAGUCAGCAUAAAAGUAAACUUACAUUUGAAGAUCUCAUAUUAUUGCAACAGAAACACUUGAUAGAUUGUUUGCAUGUGGUUACGGCUAGAGCUUCAGUAAAUAAUGAAACAAGAGAAUCAAACAGUAAUCUACUUGUUAACAAUCCCCUGUUAAGUGCCUUGCAGCAUGGAAAUACAAAUACAAAGCAUCCUCGACGUCUGACAAAUGAAUCAAUAUCAAAAUUCUCUCGUAUGUUAAAAGUUAGACCAUCGAUAACAAAAAGUCUCUGUGAAAAUGGUAGGUCUUCCAGCAAUGUUAGUGUUUUUGACAAUAUUGAAAAUACUGGCGUGAAAGAUGGAAGUAGUGAGUGCAAAUCAUCAGGUACAAAUAAGCUGUGUGACCAACACCCGUCUAAUCAUCCUAAUGAAUCCAACUCAUUGAAUCGUUUAUCUGUCUUCCGAUUACCCUAUUCACGGGGUCAAAACUCAUUAGAUAAUCAUCAUUCAACUGUGAAUUUAACUGCUUUCUCUAAACUGAAACCUAAUUUUCGCAAAUUUAAACAUGGACAUUCUCACCGUGAUUUUUAUAAUAAAAUGGAGUAUUUAACAACUGAUGAACAUAAUGAUAGAGAAGAUGAAAAUAUGGAACUUUCUAAUUCUUCUGAAAUGUCAAAUACAAAUCGAGACCGUGAUUUAAAUAAAGAUGAGUUGAUUCGUCAUUCAAACAGUGAAAAGAGACCAUUAUUAGUGAAGUCUAAACUUUCUUUAAAUGAUGAAUAUGAUUUUAUUGAUGGACAAAAGAGCAGACUGCUUCAUUCCAAUAACUUGGAUUUAACCUACAGUCCUACAUGGCCACCUCUUGGCUUAUCAUCAAAUAAAAAGUUCAAAGGUAUGAAUAAAUCAUACGGUCUUUAUUCAGAAAUGUUUGAUUAUAAUAAUAAAAAUACUUCUAAAUCAGAUUAUUCUCAACCUGUAGAUAAUAGUAAUAAUAAUAAUAAUAAUAAUAAUAAUAAUAAUAAUGAAAGUAACAUUAACACUACACCUACUAACAAGGAUAAUAAUCUUGAACCUGUGAUAAAUUCUGCUGGAGAUUGUAAUACAGGAAUGAAAUUCUCAUCGCUUUCAUCUUUCAUUCAAACUAAUCCGAUAUAUUCUUCACUAGAUGAAGAAAAUCUGACUGAGUUCGCCAGUGCUCAAUCACAUAUUUCAAGCAAAUCAACAUCACAAAGAAACAGUAUAGUUAAUAAUGAUAAAUUGUCGACCUUUCAUCAUAUCAAGGAUUCUACUGCUGGACAUCACGAAGGUGAAGAGCAGUUAUAUCUUCCAAAUAUGAGUUCAUCUAAAUAUCGUUUCAAGUAUUCAAAAUUAAAACCAAGAUUUUCAUAUUCAUUUCCAUAUGAACUAUAUCGUAAUACAUCGUCGGAUUUAACGAAGAAAUUUGACGGCGAUAAACCUCCUGGAAUAUCAUCUUCAUCGAAACUCAUAAAAUCAAAUACUGAAGAUUUAGGUGAUGUACAUUCAAGUUUACUUAGUGUAACAACUUUUGAUCAUUCUUCACAAAAAUUAACUUCUGAACAUCAAGAUAUUUAAUUAAACAAAAGGAUGGUAUUGCAAUGGAAUCUUUUUUGGGUCCACUACUAUCAGAUUGCUCCGUGGCAAAUCUCGAGAGAGGUUCACUGAAGCCGAGCAUUGACAUUUUGUGACUGUAUAAAAGAUAUGUGGACGAGAGUUUCAUUAUUUGUGACAAAAACAACGACCCCAAUCUACUGCUGAAGACAUUUAACUGUUGCGAUCCAGCAAUAAAAUUCACUCUUGAAAUAGAAGACGAGUCGAAAAUUCCGUUUCUUGAUGUGGAACUAACAAGAAGAACUGAUGAGAGCCAAAGAAGUUCAAUCCAUAGAAAACUCACGUGGAAUGAUCAACUAACAAGCAUCUAUAGCUGGGUAUCGGUUCAACAAAAGCUGAAUUUAAUUAAGUCACUUGCCACCCGCGUCCGACGCAUCUGUAGUCCAUAAGUUCUGGAAACAGAAUUAGAUAUUCUAAGAGAAAUCAUCUAAAACGGAUACCCAAUAAGAUUCAUGAAACCAAUAGUUCUGAGAAACGAAACUUUAAUUGCACCUAAAAAGAAACUCUACAUGAACUUGUAUUUCAAGGGAGAUUCAGCAAGCGAUAUUCACAAGAGAAGGAUCACACCAUCUCUGAGAAGAACAUUCUUUGCAGCAACACUAAGAAUAGUGUUCUCCAGUCGCCCACUGAUCUGUAGAAGCCUCAAGGACAAGAUCCCACAUCUGACCACUUCUAUGUUAAUAUAUUAGUUUACCUGCUGUUGUGGAGCCAGGUACAUCGGUCGUUCGACGCGCACCCUGUCCAAGAGAAUUCAAGAACACUAUCCAGCAUGGUUGCAAAAAGGCAGUAUUGGUGCAAUAAAGAGUGUGAUAAUUAAACACCUGGUUAACACUGAUUAUUCCAUCUCAAUAAAAGCCUCCUUCAAAGUAAUCUUCAGAGUCAAGAAUAACCUAUAAUAGGCAAUACGGUUUCGUCUUCUUUGUAUCGCUAAAGCUCUGGCCAUUCACACAGAAAAACCGAAGCUGUGCAUACAAAAGAUUACUCAACCACUUCUACUCUCAUGGUAACAAUGUUUUGAUUUGUUUUGAGUUUUUUUAUUUCUAUUUUUAUCUUGAUCACUUAAUUUUGUUUCUUUACCUGUUCUUUAAUUGCUUGUAUUCACUUAGAUUUCUUACAUAAUUUCGUAUUAUCUACUUUGUUUCUAUGUGCAUCCUGAGUAAAACUCACUCAUCAAACUAUUCAUAACUUACUAUUACAUCACUUCUUUACAACUGUUCGUGACAACUCAUCACCUUUGUUACUACCCUAGUUUCAUUAACACUUAAUUUUCUUGACUUGUAUUACCAGUCUUUACCUGUUCAGUUAAAAUAACCAUAAUCAAUUGUAAUUUUUUUGACAAACUUAAUGUACACAUACAUACAAAAUAACAUAUAUAUUUGCGAUUGUACAGCUAAGAAAAGGAUUUCGCCGAAAAUAGAUUCUUCGCUGAUCUACGUGUUUUGUUUUCAUCAUCGUAUUUCUGAAGGUACGCAGUAGGAUAAAAAGAACUAUAGCGUAGGUCUUUGUUGCAUCGGUGGCACAGCGGUAGAAUGCUCUGCAACCUCGCAGGUGGUUCGGAGUUCAAUCCUCGGUCAACCCACUCCUUUAUCUUGCUAAAUCAGUAAUAGGACUGGUAAAGAUGGAAGGUUGGGUGUGGAGCUAAAAGCCUCACUGCUACUGAAACUCCCAAGCUCUAGCAGCAGGCUCUAUGUUCCAAUGGGAACGUAAAGUAAUAAAAAAUAAAAAACUCUUGUGCAGCUGUAGCGAAAUCUAUAUGUCUUGACUAGAGAAGGUACCUUUGCAUUGAAAAAUACUCUCAACCAUACAGUAAGAUCAUUCCAUCAAUCAUAGAUUGUCGAAAGUUUGCGUCUUAUUCUUAGAUAUUUUAGUAAUAAGAAUAUUUUAAGUUUUCUGCUUUACUUGCUUGCUUUUAUCCUACAUAAACAUUACUCGAGUGAAUUUUCAAAACAAAUUGAAAUCUACGCUUUAUGUACCUGUCAUACUUAGUUAAAUUAAUGAUAGUCAGUUUUCAAUAAUUUAGGAAAACGAAAAUUACAGCCUGCUUCAAAUACAAAAAUUAUAAAUCUUUUAUUUUUCUUCUAUGUUUCUAUACUAUCUGUCCUCCGACAGGUUGACGUUAUUAUUUAUUAAACAAAUCGGAAAGUUUUAAUUUCACUUCCAUGCCGUUGGUUACAACGUUUAUUUCACUCAAUGAACUGAAGAAAUCUAGGUUACUAUCAGUAAAUUUAAUCGAAUUUUUAAAUAAAAUAGUGAUAGUAUUAUUGUAAAUUCUGCAUAAUGAUGAUAUAUCAUUUGAUUCAUAUGAGAAGAACGAAUAGUCUGGCUUAUUAAAUAUUGAUGCUGUAGUCAUAUGCAUUUAUAAUUAUGCUACAAAAAUGGUGUAUGUCUUCCGAAUGAUUCAUGAGCUCUAUUUUAUGAUGUGAUAUAAUAUAUGGAUAUAACUAGGUGAAUUUAGAUAUAUUUUGCUAGAUUAUCUAUUGGAGAAUAUCUGUCAGAAUAGUUAUGAAGUUUUCAAGUAUUGGUUUUGUAGUGAUUUUGUUUGACUGGUUAAAGGAUUGCAUCAGGAGGUGACAUCAAUUAGAUGAAAUCUUCCAGCCAAUCAAACACAAUCCCUAAAAACCGAAUGCUUGAAAAUUAAUCUGAUGCUCACUAGCGA